AUGGGGCUCAAUGGAAGGGUGGAGGAUGAGACUGAACUGGAGGCGAUCAAGGAGGUGGUGCGUGAGCACUCUGAUGCACUGGCUCAGCUCGAAGAUGGCCUGGCAAGAGUGCAGGUGGAGUCGAAGGCGGAUGCUGAUGAUCUCCGUCAGAGGUUGGAGGAUCUGAUGCGAGCGGUAGCCUCGCUGCAGGAGAAGAAGAUCGGAGCUGGGGGAACGCCGAGCCCGGCCGAGCUGGCGGUCGGCGGCGGCAGCGCCCUUGGCGGCGCGAUCGGCGGCGCAGGGGGCGGCGGUCGCCGGCCAGGGCGCGGCGAUGGUGGCGGCGGAGACGGCGCCGGCGGCGCUAACUGCGGCCGAGUUCGGGCCGGGAACGGGAGGAGGCGGAGUAGGGGCAGGCCCAGUGCAUGCAGGGUUAGGGGUGGGCCCGGGUCUGUUACCGACAUCUACGGCCCAAGAGAUUGUGGCCCGAAAAGGGAAGGCUAA